AUGAGCUAUUCAACCACUACAGCACACAAUGUUAACUAUGCUCAAGCACAAAGCACAACAUCCACGGAUUUAUCAUCCAUCACAAGCAGAACACCAUUGAAGGGAGAAAUCAGUCCGAUCUGUACAUGGGAUGACUUGCCAACAUGGAUGCGUGAUAAUCCAUCUAUUCUGACAGGUUACCGUCGACAGACUUUUAGUUACAAGAAAUGCCUUGCUUCCUUGCUCUUUCUACAUAAUGAAUCAGUCAACAUUUGGUCCCACCUACUGGGAGCCCUUGCUUGUGUCAUCAUUGCACCUCUGAUUUAUACAAACGUAUUCCAGACUCUUGAUACAAUCUUGUGGGCAGAUAUCGUGGUCUUCUACAUCUUUUUAUUCGGAGCUGUCAUUUGUCUGUCCAUCUCUGGGUUUUUCCACACCUUUUCUUGUCACUCUGAGCCUGUGUGUGGUCAUUGGAACCGCUGUGAUUAUGUUGGGAUUGUGCUCUUGAUCACGGGCUCGUAUAUCCCAAGCACCUACUACAUGUUCUACUGCUUCAAAACCUGGCAGAUUCUUUAUUCUGCCCUGAUCACCGUCUUUGGGAUUGCAACAAUCAUUUCAGUCAUCCGUCCUGAACUCAGAAGACCACAUUAUCGAUGGAUACGAUCUGUCAUGUUCUUGGCCCUGGGUUUCUCUGGUAUCUUCUCUCUCAUCCACGCAGCUUUUCUUUAUGGAUUUAGCCUUGGACAAAAGGCCAUCGCAUUGGACUAUCUUCUCUACAUGGCUGCAUCCUAUGUGAUUGGAGCGCUUCUCUAUGCGAGUCGAACCCCUGAAAAGUUCUUCCCUGGCAAAUUUGAUCAUUUUGGUUCUUCACAUCAAAUCUUUCACAUUUGUGUUCUCAUGGGAGUCACCUUCCAUAUCAUUGGUACCAUCAAGACCAUGAGCUUCUGGCACGACGCUAACCACAGUUGCUCGGUCUCCAUUGAACAGAUGCGGAUCUUAUACUAG